UGUGCAGCAGUCAGGAGAGACAAGCUUCACAAUUCACGAUGCGUGCAGGAAACGAGCCAGUCAACCGUGUCAAGAACAGGAGUCAGGAGGCACUUCCAUAUGACCAUUCACGAGUGGUAUUAAUCAACAGUCAAAACAGCGACUACAUCAACGCCAGCUACAUCGCAGGAGCUGAUUCUCCGUGUGAAUACAUAGCUACACAGGCACCACUGUAUUCUACUCUGUCUGACUUCUGGCGAAUGGUCUACGAGCACAGGACAGGGGUCAUCGUCAUGUUAUGUGACAGUGUAGAAAAUGGAAAGAAAAUGGUUGACCCGUACUGGCCUGACGAAAUCAACGUACCAGUGCGACACGGCGAGCUGACUGUCACGAUGACCGGUGUCUCUGUCCUUGAUGCAUAUGCAAUGCGCCAGAUAAAAGUGACAAUGAAAGAUCGACAGGACCUGAGAGUUACCCAGCUGUGCAUUCGUGGUUGGAGUGAGCGAGGAUGCAGCAUUCCUGCUGAAAAACUGAUUGAUGUCAUCCGUGUUGCUGGUCGAGAGGCAACAAAAUCGAGCGGACCUGUCACAGUCCACUGCAAUCUCGGCGUUGGCAGGACUGGCAUGUUCAUUGCCCUCGAUCUUUUGACUCGUUUUGUGGACAACCACGCGCUAAACCUUGUGGUGAACGUCUACGAUGUUGUCCAGAGAAUGAUGGGAUGUCGUCCGAACAUAAUUCAGACGCUGACCCAGUAUAUGUUCAUACAUGAUGUCCUCGGGGUGAUCAUCGGAAAGAAGAUGAAGAAUGGCUCAAGGGGAGCCACAUCAAGUGUUGUGUAUCAGAACGAAGGGCACACAAUCAACGAGUAUAAUGAGCUGCAUGAACACAUUCGAGACGAGCACGUCUACAGUGCUCUUAAUGAGCAUCAGAUGAAGUGACGACCACUUUUCUAAGAGACCACUUUCUCUAAUGACAAGAACUAAAACAAGAUGAGAGAAGCUCUAAGGACAAUUAAAAAAGAGACAGUAAAUCAUUUCCACAUACAGGCUACAGCAGGCAGUCUCUGACUUCCACAGUCGUGAAACAAAGA